GCAAACCAAACACUUUUUAUUCAUCAAAUCGUCCUAGCAAUGGCUCGUACCAAGCAAACAGCUAGAAAAUCAACCGGAGGAAAAGCUCCAAGGAAGCAGCUUGCCACAAAGGCCGCUCGAAAGUCGGCUCCGGCAACCGGCGGAGUAAAGAAGCCUCAUCGUUUCAGGCCAGGAACCGUGGCUUUGAGAGAAAUCCGUAAGUACCAGAAGAGUACAGAAUUGUUGAUCAGGAAGCUUCCUUUCCAGAGGCUGGUGAGGGAAAUCGCUCAAGAUUUCAAGACCGAUCUGAGGUUCCAAAGCAGCGCCGUUGCUGCUCUUCAAGAAGCUGCUGAAGCUUAUCUCGUUGGACUGUUUGAAGACACUAAUCUUUGCGCUAUCCAUGCUAAAAGGGUUACAAUCAUGCCCAAGGAUAUCCAACUUGCUAGGAGGAUUAGAGGUGAAAGGGCUUAGAU